UUGGCUUGUCUGGAUCGGGAAAUGAGUCACAGGGAGAGCAAUCAAAGGACACUCUGCCCGAGGUUCGUAUUCCUGGCAGUCACAAAAACGAGAUGGAGUCACGCUGCUGCCAGAAGGGGCAGAGAAGUGAAAGACAGUCACUGUGCUGGUCUCCGCGGCUGGUCAGAGUGGCUGCAGGGACAGCGAACGCACAGACCAGGCCCACCGCCAGGAGCCCCGCAAAACAACAAACCACCCCCUAGGACUCCAAUCCUGUGGGGUGGGGAAAAGCCAAGGAAGGAUCUGACUAGAGAACGAAAGACUAAGCGAAAGAAGCUAAGGUCUGGAGGCUGUGAGGAGCGCCACCCCUCAAACCACGCGUUCGGUGCUUGGGACCAAAACAAACCCGGGUGGCCCCGCCCAGAGUUGGUCACGUGAGGCCGCGGCGGCGGCGGCGGUUCCGGCGAAGCUGGUGGAGCCCCUGCGAUUCCUUCCUGUGGUGCCGCUGAGGACCCCAGGCGGGCCCUGCGCGGACUCCACUGCACGUUCACUCCAUUGGGUUCUGGCGGAGCGGAGGCCGCCUCGCGCUCUCCAUGGCAGCGGGCUCAGAGGUGAGCUCUCACUUUACCCUGGAAGCUACAGCUUCAGGGAACCAAGGUCAACGUGUCAAACCUUUUACCCCAGAGAAAGCAAAGGAAAUUAUAAUGUCUCUACAACAGCCUGCAAUCUUCUGUAACAUGGUUUUUGAUUGGCCAGCACGACACUGGACUGCUAAACACCUUUCUGAGGUCCUUCACGGCAAGCAGAUACGAUUCAGAAUGGGAAUGAAAAACACAGACACAGUUCCUGAGUUUUAUACAAAGUGCUCNNNNGUGGAAGCUACACUUGAAGAAUUUCUGACCUGGAACUGUGACCAGUCUAGUGAUUCUGGACCAUUUAAAGAUUAUGAUCAUUCUAAAUUCUGGGCUUAUGCUGACUACAAAUAUUUUGUUAGUCUAUUUGAAGACAAGACAGAUAUUUUCCAGGACGUGAUAUGGUCUGAUUUUGGUUUUCCUGGAAGAAAUGGACAGGAAAGUACAUUGUGGAUUGGCUCCUUGGGAGCCCAUACCCCCUGUCAUCUGGACUCCUAUGGUUGCAACUUAGUAUUCCAGGUACAAGGAAGGAAAAGAUGGCAUCUCUUUCCUCCUGAAGAUACACCUUUCCUUUAUCCAACCAGAAUCCCUUAUGAAGAAUCUAGCGUGUUCAGUAAAAUCAAUGUUGUCAAUCCUGAUUUAAAGCGUUUUCCUCAGUUCCAGAAAGCUCGAAGACAUACGGUCACGCUGAGCCCAGGACAGGUUCUGUUUGUCCCCAGACACUGGUGGCAUUACGUCGAGUCCAUUGAUCCUGUCACUGUCAGUAUAAACUCAUGGAUUGAACUGGAAGAGGACCACCUUGCCCGGGUGGAGGAGGCCAUCACCCGCAUGCUUGUGUGUGCACUGAAAACUGCAGAGGACCCACACAAUACCAGAGCAUGGUUAAACCCCACGGAGGUUGAGGAAAUAUCCCAUGAAGUCAAUUGCCACUACUUAAAUGGAGCUAUAGUUGCCUUUCUUGAUCAUUACAAAACAUCCAAGGGAGUAGAAAUUCAAGCACCAAGAACAAGUAAGGAGAACCUGCAAAAGGAAGAUUUAAACACGUGCAACUGCGUGGAGAUGGAAGGAACUCAAGGCCAGAACGGAACCAUGGCAGCCAUAAAACAGGAGGCAGCAAGUCUCUUUGGCCCUGAUCUGGUCCCUGUAACACUGAGAUCCAAAGAAACACCUUCAGAAGGAGGAGGCAUAUUUGAAAGUGAUGGCAAAGACUUUGUCGACAAAGAUGGAAAACACUUUGCAAAACUGUUUUGUGCUGAUAGGCAGCAGACGAUGAGUACAAGUGACAAUGCUGGGGUGGAUCAAAUAGCUUCAAACAGUGCUCCAGCCCCUUCUCAAACAUUCGUUUCCACAGACGACUUGUUGGACUGCUUGGUGAAUCCACAAGUGACCAGAAUGGUGGCACAACUUUUGUUACAAGGGAAAAGCUUGUGAUUCCAAUUGAUGACUUUUUAAAUAACAUUUUAAGGAUAUUUCUAAAUAAUAUGACUACUUUACAAUUUAAAAAUGCACAGCAAAAGGUCAAUUUGCACAUGUUUGUAAAUGAACUUAUUCUUACCUAAUUAAAAAUCAGUUGGUUUACUCUGCCCA